CUCUUUCAAUCGGAGUGGACACAAGAUGGUGGGGCUAAGCCAUUUCUUGGUUUGGCUGUAUCCUACCCCAGCCAUACCCUGGCGCCGCCACUGAUCAUGGUUAAAGGCUGUGUUGUGGGAGUCAAGAAGAGGGUGCUGACUCAGCGCAAGUCUCUGCUUGUGCAGACCAACCGUCGUGCCAUGGAGAAGAUCGACCUGAAGUUCAUCUACACCACUUCCAAGUUUGGCCGCUUCCAGAGCGUGAAGGAGAAGAAGGCGUUAGUGUCUCACCGUAAAUGUUCGGCUCCCCGCCACGUGUCCCUGGGCUUCUUGCCCCGCAAGAGGAGUCGUCAUCGUGGUAAGGCGAAGAGCUUCCCCGAGGAUGACCCCACCAAGCCCGUGCACCUGACCGCCUUCCUGGGCUACAAGGCCGGCAUGACCCACAUCGUCCGCGAGGUCGACCGACCUGGCUCAAAGGUGAACAAGAAGGAAGUGGUUGAGGCUGUGACCAUUCUUGAGACCCCUCCCUUGAUUAUUGUUGGUUACAUCAGCACACCCCUUGGCCUGCGUUCCUUCAAGACUAUCUUCGCUGAGCACCUCAGUGAAGAGUGCAAGCGUCGAUUCUACAGGAACUGGACUGGAGGACGCUCCUCCUCCGCCGCUGUCUUCAAACUCCUGCCUUGCGAUUUCGUACUGCUUCUUCGCCUCCACUGCCUUUAUGUCCCACUCCUCCUUGGGUUGGCUGGCAUUGAG